GAUUUAGUGAUCCAAUAUUAUGACAAGUUGAUAAGCACACAAGAUCUUCUUGUACGACUAAACAUGACCCACAAUCGAUUCAAUGUGAGCAACAUAUGUCCCUCUUUGAAAUACACUUGCGAAACAGUCUGUCCUAUGAACGGCAACAAAGAAGCUCAAGAAAGGAUGCUUCAGAAACCUUGCUACUGCGAUAAACUAUGUCUGGAGCUUGGUGACUGUUGUUAUGACUACUUUCUACGGUAAACUUAAACUCACUCAUUUCUGUUGUUAUUGAUAUUGUUAUUGUAAUUGUCGUCGUUGUUUUUGCUGUUGCUGUUGCUGCUGUCUUUUUUGUUGUCCUUGUCCUUGUCGUUGUCGUUAUCAUUGUCAUUGUCAUUGCUACUGUUAUUAUUAUUGUUCAGUCUCUCAGCAGAUUCAGUUGACUAAAAUGAAUAACAUUAAUUUUCCAUAAUUACUUCUUUUGCUUUCCCUUCCAGGAGAAUAAUUUUACUAUUUGGCUCGGCUUCUGGUAUAAGGAAUUUCAGGCAAAGGUUCUUCUUGAGAGAGUACUAAUGACUUCGUUGCCUUCAAAAAGCCGUUGUCUAAUAAUAAUUAUUGCCUUUUUUUUUUUUUUGAAUUGUUAGUUGUGCAGCUCACCUGCACCUUACACCAAACAGUAUUCAUUCGAGGUAUGUUUGCGUAAAGACGAGCAAGACAAGGUUUCAUGGCUACGCUCUAAUUGGGAGCUGUCCGGCAGACAACUCUGAGAAGGAUUUGGACUCGUUAUGCACUGCAAACUCUUUAUCUCUCGAACUGCCAGUCUUAGACCUAGACGACAGCAGUGUAUAUAAGAACAUGUUCUGUGCCAGAUGCAAUCACGCUACAAACCCAGUGUACUGGAAGUUUUCUGCCUCCUGUAUUGGGCGUUUCACAGAGCAUGAUAUUCCAAAAAAUAGAACAUUGAUGUUGGAGUUCAUAAAGAAUAACUGCAAAUGGAGCUUUACCGUCCCGAUUGUUAACGAAAACCUCAAGAACUGCUUAGCCGUUAAAGUUUCAUGCAAAACAUCGGAACCACACAAUUUACUGCUGUCUUAUCUUUGUUCGUUUUAUGCUCUUCAUUUUUGUCACAGUAUUGAGUACAAGAAUCCUCAUUGUGAAAUAUGUCAGGGAAAAGACCUCAGUGCGUUUUCAUGUAAUUGUGACACGCCUCCAAACCCACCCUCGAACAAUGACACCGAGGGUGGAUUUCUGCCUUUGGAUAUCUUAUUCGAUUUCUCCUCUUCUCAUCAAACUGUUAAAAUUGGACAAACAACGACAACGGUGAAGAACAAGAAAUGCGAGCACGGAUUUGUGUUUGAUCCCUUUACAGAAAAGUGUAUAAAAGUGUAUGUUCUGGAUCGGCCGAUCUCAAACAAUGAUUCUUACGUCAGAUACAAAUGUAGCAAAGGUUCUGGCUUUGUCGAAAUUAACUUAGAAUCCAUAACUAUGUGGCCAAAUGGCUCAAUAUGGAUCCCUCUGCACAAGAAAACAUAUGACAACGGAAGUUUUUUUAUAAAUGGCUCUAGGGCAUUCAUUUGCAUGAAUCUUACACGGCAUUUUACUGAAACGACCACCAUAUUUUCUGAAGACGCAAAUUUUAAGAGAAGGCAGAUAUUGACAUUUGUGGGUUGUGCAAUAUCUAUGAUAUCCUUGAUUCUCCUCCUCGCUGUAUAUAUCACCAUUCCGGAGCUAAGAACGUUGCCUGGAAAAAAUCUGAUGAGUUUGUCAAGCUCCAUGCUGUUUUAUCACACCGCCUUUUUGAUGGCCGGCCAGACCGCUUAUCCAUUCCUUUGCAUGGUGGUAUCUGUUGUCCUUCACUAUUCUCUGCUGUCAUCGUUUUGCUGGAUGAGUGUAAUGGCUUUUGAUGUUUCCAAAACGUUUUCAAAGACAGGUAAU